AUGCAGACUGCUUCUACAAACAUUGGGGAAAGACUGUGUAAUAAGUCCAUCCGUGACAUUUCCUGGCUACUAAAUAUUCCACGCUCAACUGUUAGUGGGAUUAUACCAAAGUGGGAGCAACUGGGAACAACAGCAACUCAGCCACCAAGUGGUAGGCCACGUCACAUGACACAGCGGGGGGUCAGUGCAUGCUGAAGCACACAGUGCGCAAAAGUCACCAACUGUCUGCAGAGUCAAUAGCUAAAGACCUCCAAACUUGGUGUGGCCUUCAGAUUAGCACAACAACAGUGCGUAGAGAGCUUCAUAAAAUGGGUUUCCAUGGACAAGCAGCUGCAUCCAAGCCUUACAUCACCAAGUGCAAUGCAAAGCAUCGGAUUUCGUGGUGUAAAGCACGCCACCACUGCACUCUAGAGUGUUCUCUAGAGUAACCAAUCAUGCUUCUCUCGCAAUCCGAUGGACAUGUCUGGCGGUUACCAGGAGAUCGGUACUUGCCUGACUGCAUUGUGCCAAGUGUAAAGCUUGUUGGAGGGGGAUUAUGGUGUGGGGUUGUUUUUCAAGGGUUGGGCUUGGCCCCCUAGUUCCAGUGAAGGGAACUCCUAA